ACUUGGUUGCUAUCUAGAAGAUCACUAGGUCAAAUCUGGAAAGGGAAGCUUUAAGUCAGAUUUGGAUCAUUUAUUUGGGAACCCUAAUAUCUUUAGAGAUCAGAAUUUCUUCAAAGACAGGAAAAAUCUCUGAAAUGGAUGUGUCGGACUAGCAGAAGCUGACACUCACCACAAGCGAACUCACUUGCUGAAUAAUAUUAUUUAGGCCCUCUUGGAUCAACUGCUCCAUUGCAUAGAAUCGUGGAACAGAAGAUGGAUAAUUUCACAGUUGGAAAAAGGGAAGCAAGACAAGGCAGAAGAACUGGCCUACAAUUCGGAAGUAGCAAGAAUGCAUUCUCUGGGAGUAAUGAGGCUCUUGAAACUGGCGAUAAUGUUUCAACAGAGGUUGAUGAUUUCAAGGGAACAAUGAACUCUACAUCUCCAAGGCCAACAAGACGGCAAGGUGGUUGGGCAGACGACUUUAAAGAAAAGAAGAAUAGCGAAGACAUCGAUGAAGUGGGGAAGAAAAAGGGUACAAAUGUGGAAGAAAUAGACGAACGGCUUCGCCCAGACGCAACUGUCAAUUUGGAAGAGCAAGAUGACGAUAUUCCUGUUAUUCCGGAUCUCGAUGAUGUUCAAGAGGACGACUUGGUUCAACAGGUGGCUGCUCCUCCAAGCGUUCAAGUUACCCGUGUUGCUACCUACAAAGAACUCGACACAGACUUUCAGAAACAUGCAGGGCUGCUCACACUGGCUUUCUUUUCAAUCAGCAAUUGAGCUAACAGAUGGCUAGAUACUGAAGAUAUCAUUUGCAAUUAGUUUCCUGGUGGUGUGUUAUCAUCCACGUAAAAGAGUUUCCUUUGUAUUCUAUGAUGCAUAUAAGACAUUUCUGUCUCAUCAGGAAAUGAUGUUUCUUCCAUAUUUCGUGUUUAUUUAAAAUACUCUUGGCUAAACAUGGGCUAUUGUGCACGAAGAGGUUAUGAGUAAUUUUGCCUCACAGAAAAUGACUGCUUUUCAAUACAAUUAUUUAACAACAUUCUCUUUCUCAACGCUGCUCAUUUAUUUUUUAUUCAUCUUGUUUUUACAACAGUGUUGUUAGUGUGCUCAUUACUUUUACAAGCCCUUAUACAUACUUUCCUUUCAACGCUCUCUAUGAGUUGCAAUGCUGCAAAAUAUGAUAUCUGCAGUAUCUUCAUAAGACUAAACAAUUUUCAUUUAGGUGUUGCUUAUAGUUUUGUCACUUAAUCGUAUCAAUCAGGCUAUUUUCGCGCUAAAUUUAAUGUUUAAUAGUCUUGACUGCAUUAAACAGUUUAACAAAAUUUCCUUGAAUGAGAUCACAUAUCAUGUCACACAAGUUGAAAUCAGUGGCAAACGUCUGGCAAAAGUUAAUAGAAACUGAAAUAGCUAGGUAAGAGGUAAAUGCAAGCAAUAGAAUGAUUAAAGUGACAGACGAAAAUUAAAACAGAAAGGAUCCAAGGUAGAGAAAAACAAGAAUGUAUCAGAAGAGUGUGUUAAUUGCUAAUGAAUAUAGUUUCAUUGGUUAAUGGCAGGCAAUAAUUGAUAUUUGAAAUAAUCAAUUUGGAAAAAGAGAGGGAUAGGCUAUAAGUAGAUAGUUGGUAGUGAAUUUGAGCUUUUUGGAAAGUGAAAAAGGUAGUUGUAGUCUAACAGAAAUUGUUUGGGGCUGAGAAUGUAUUGGUCAAAGGUGGAAAAUGAUAUAAAAAAUAUUUUUGCUGCUCAGUGUCAAGACGUUGUUGAAAUUGAAUGAAAUUUGGGCAAAAAUCAUUUGGUCGAGAUAAAGAUUUUUGUUACUUGUUUUUGUGUUGACAAAGAUGGCUUGCGAAAAUGACAUAACAUUGAUUGGAAAAAUAUACAUGGAUCAGAAGAGUUGUUUCCAGAAACCAUGAUGCUUUUGUAAUAUGUUCAGGUAAUAUUGUCAAUAAAAAAUGGUUACUGAAAUCGAGGCUUUAAUGCCUAUCAAAAGUCUUGCAACAACAAUAGCAUUUUUGUCAUUAAUUUCUCAUUAGUUUUCUCUAUCCCCUGUCAAGCCAUGCUAGACCAUGCAAGCAAUGCUGGUCUUUAUAGAAAUACACUAUUCAAACGUUUCUUCGGUUUGGAAGUUGGGACAGGGGCUGAAAUUUGGGCGGAAAGGGGCAAUACGACCAUUUCUAAAGGGGUGAAAUAAAAGUAUGUCGAGAAUUGGCUGAAACUGCAAUGAGGAGGUUUUGGUACAAUAUGGAAGACAGCUUGAACCUGAGCGUUACAGCUUUGAAGAAGAUAAAAAUAACUUAUUAGAAGAUGAAAAAAGUUAACAGCUACCCUGCCAAUAUAUUUGGUAAUGAAAUAUAAGUUUGUAAAUACCCUAUCGAGAUGUUUUUUCAGGUAAGGGAUAAUAUCUCAAUAUUACUAAAAUAACUCGGAAGAAGGUUAAAAUAAGUUAAAAGAAGGGAAAAGCGAACGGCUUCUCUGUCAAUAUGAUUUGUUAGGUCAUAGAAUAUAUCUCAAAAUGACUGGAAUGACUUGAAAGGAAGUUAUGAUAGGUUGGAAGACAAUCCAAGUUAAUUGCUACUCUGUCAAGAUAAUUGUAGAAGAUAGAAGUUUGCAGCUUCUCUAUCAAGAUAUUUUGGCUGUUAAUGGAGAAGAUUCGAAAUAUGACUGAAAUAACCUGGGAGAAACAAAUAGCUUCUCUGUCGAGAUAUUUUUUAGUUAAUUGAAAAGUACUGAAUCAUGAUUAAAUAACUCUGAAGAAGGUUAUGAUAAGUUGAAAAAAGGUAGAAGUUAGUUGCUUUUCUAUCCAGAUAUUUUUAUGGCUGAUGGAAGACUACUGACAUAUGACUAAAAUAUCUCGGAAAACAUAAUGAUAUGUUAGAAGAAAUUACAAAUUUAUUGCUACGCUGUCAAUAUGUUUUGGUAGGUAAUUGAAGGGUACUGAAACAGGAAUAAAUAUCUCGGCAGAAGGUUAUGAUAAGAUGGAAGAAAAAAAAGCUAGUGGCUCUCUAUCAAGAAAAUUUUAUGGCUAAUGGAAGAGAGCUGGAGUAUAACAGAAACAACUUGGAAGAAAGUUAUGAUAUUUUGGAAGAUGAUGGGAGUGAAUGGCUAAAUGUCAAGAUAUUCUUGUAGGUAUUGGAAUUUGACUGAAAUAACUUGGGAGAAGGUUAUGAUAUAUUGGAAGAUGAUGGGAGUGAAUGGCUAAAUUUCAAGAUAUUUUUGUAGGUAUUGGAAUUUGACUGAAAUAACUUGGAAGAAGGUUAUGAUAUAUUGGAAGAUGAUGGGAGUGAAUGGCUAAAUUUCAAGAUAUUUUUGUAGGUAUUGGAAUUUGACUGAAAUAACUUGGAAGAAGGUUAUGAUAUAUUGGAAGAUGAUGGGAGUGAAUGGCUAAAUUUCAAGAUAUUUUUGUAGGUAUUGGAAUUUGACUGAAAUAACUUGGAAGAAGGUUAUGAUAUAUUGGAAGAUGAUGGGAGUGAAUGGCUAAAUUUCAAGAUAUUUUUGUAGGUAUUGGAAUUUGACUGAAAUAACUUGGAAGAAGGUUAUGAUAUAUUGGAAGAUGAUGGGAGUGAAUGGCUAAAUUUCAAGAUAUUUUUGUAGGUAUUGGAAUUUGACUGAAAUAACUUGGAAGAAGGUUAUGAUAUAUUGGAAGAUGAUGGGAGUGAAUGGCUAAAUUUCAAGAUAUUCUUGUAGGUAUUGGAAUUUGACUGAAAUAACUUGGAAGAAGGUUAUGAUAUAUUGGAAGAUGAUGGGAGUGAAUGGCUAAAUUUCAAGAUAUUCUUGUAGGUAUUGGAAUUUGACUGAAAUAACUUGGAAGAAGGUUAUGAUAUAUUGAAAGAUGAUGGGAGUGAAUGGCUAAAUUUCAAGAUAUUUUUGUAGGUAUUGGAAUUUGACUGAAAUAACUUGGAAGAAGGUUAUGAUAAUUUGGAAAAAGAUACAACUUGGUGGCUACUCUAUCAAGAUAUUCUUGUCGGUAUUGGAAGAUAUCUCAAAUAUAGCUGAAAUUACUCGGAAGAAGGUAAUUUUAAGUUAGAAGAAGAUGGAAGUAACCAGCUAUUCUUUUAUUAUGUUUUUUAGUAAAUAGAAAAGUGCUGCAAUGUCACUAAAAUAGCAGGGAUUAAGGUUUUGAUAUGUUGGAAGAAGAAAGAAAUUAGUGGCUUUUCUAUCAAUGUAUUUUGAAGUGAAUGGAAGAAUGCUGGAAUAUGACUGAAACAACUUGGAAGAAAUUUAUGAUAUGUUGUAAGUUAAUCCAAUACGAUCGAAGAAAGUUAUGAGAAGUUUGAGAAUGAUAGAAGUCAAUGGCUACUAAUGGCUACAAGAUAUUUUUAGGUAUUGGAAGACUACUAAAAUUUGACUUAAAUAAAUGGGAAGAAGGCUGUUAUAAGUAAGAAUAAGAUGCCAAUUAGUGGCUACUAUAUCAAGAUUUUUUUUGGGUAGUGUAAGAAUGCUGAAGUCGUCGACUGCUUUAUUAAAUUAUUUUCAUUGGUAAAGAAAGAUAGAUUGAAUAUGACUGGGGUAAAGUAAAUGAAGACAACGAGAAGUUAAAAGAUGAUGAAAGAAACUACUUUAGGGACAAUGUGGAUUGAUAGGUCAUGGACGAUAACUAAGAUCUGAAUGAAAUAAUCUGAAAAUUUUCACUGAUAAGUCAGUUAAAUAUAGAUUUUGAUUGGUUGUAAGUAGAGUUAGAUUAACGGAAGUUAUGCUUUUAUAAACAGAAAGCAUAAAGUAAAAAGAUGGUAUUUCGUUCGAAAAGAUUCAGAAAGGAAAUACGUGCAAGUGCUUCAAACUUUGUAAAAGUCUCUUAGUGCUAUCAGCUGCUAAGAUUCGUUACUAACAGUGGGGAAUAUUAUUAAGGAGGUGGGUGUGUAAUACUCGCAUUUCGCGAUUUAAACAAAAAUAUAACGCUUAGAAGAAUGUAAUUAGUGAAAUGAUUGGUCAGCGCAAAUUCUAAAUGAACAAUACAGUGCUUGAUUUUUUUCAAUGUUUAUUAAAUCAAGAUAUUUUUAACCUUUGUUGCUUAUGUAUAUCACAAAGGUUCAAGUGAAUUUUCUCUCUAAAUUUUUUAACCACCCUUGGCUGUCAACCACCCUAAGAUAUUUCUCGUGGUUGAUGUCGCUCUUUUGUAUUGUCAUUUUUAAAUUUUUCAAUUAUAUUUUCUUUUUUCACAAAGUCAGGUCUUCUCAGUCACAUUUUUCGGCAUUGAUGCAUAUGAUACAAACCCUUACCGAAUAAUACGUUUCAAUGUUGCUUUCCAAAUGCCUUUCGAUUCCUGAAUUCUUUUUUUUAUUUUUUAAUCAUUACAUUUUUAAGUGGAAAUCAAUUCGAACAAAUUCAUAAGCUUAUUUUUUUGGCAAUUUGCUUUUAGUAUUUCUAUUAACUUUUAGUAUUUCAUUUUGUCCCAUGAACCGAUAUAUUUCUACUUUUCGCUGCAUUUUUUUCUUUAUAUGUAUUUUUUAAUCAUUUAAUCUUAUUUAGAUUUUUCCAUUUUCUGUAGUUUGUUUGUGUUUAAUCUUUUACUUUUAUUAUUUUUCUAAUUUUAUACUUAUGUUCAUGUUAAUAUUUGUUAGUUUUGCAUAAAGUUUAUAGUUGCAAAAUUAGAGGCAAAAUUAGAGGCAAAAUUAGAGGCAAAAUUAGAGGCAAAAUUGACGUAAAAAUCUUAAUUUUUCUUCUUUUCCCUAAAGGACUGCUAUAAACUUUUUACGAAGAAAGUUCUCAUGUAAUUUUAAGCAGACUAAACCCGUUUUUCCUGUAGAAAGAAAACUCAUAUGCUAAACACUAGUUGUCCCCAGGACCAUGAAUUACUAUACUUUAUGCUAAAAACUAGUCGCCUUACUUACGAGGAUUUGAAACAGUCUUCAUGCAUAACUCCAAGUUUGUCAGCUUCAAUGCAAGUUUUUGUCAGGAUCUUUUUGUAAAAUAAUUUGUUAUUUGUCUCAUUUUUAGUUUCUACAUUUUGAAAUUUUGAAUUUUUUUGGUUUUGUUUUUUCAUUUUUUUUGACACAUUCUGAGUUUCUUUUACCGAUUAAAAAAAGUUUAAAUGUACUAAUUUGUUUUCUGCAUUUGACUGCUAGGAGGUAGUUGUAACUAGAGAGCCAAUUCUUCACUGUAACACUGUGAGCCAGUUUUCUGCAUUUUGGCUCCAAGGAAAUGAAAUUUUUAUUAAAUCUUUGAAAGAUACCUCCAAGACGCAGUUGCAUUUGGCAUCUUUUCAAAUAAAGUUGUUUUACCUUGAAUGUGUCAGUAUUUUAUAAAUGAAUCUAUACAAAGGGAGCUGCUUUACCUUUAAACCUUCAAAGUUGCUUUUUUCGAGUUAAGCUUAGUGCAACGUAUACUCCGCCUUGUAUUUUGUCACGCAUCAUCAUCUAGUUUUCGAUUCAAGUUGGAAAUGCUUUUGGUAGUUAAUUUUGUAUGGUUUAAAAUAUAAUGCUAUCGAACAGACAAGUAAAUAUAUAUUAACCGGGAAUUAAGAUCCCAUUUACGUAAGAUCAAACUAGAAGGAUCCGUAAUGAAAUAUGUACGGAUAGGCAUAGGCUGUCAGCACAUUAAAGUCUGUUUUCCGUACCCGUUUCAGCUCAUUUUGGGAUGUAUGUCCAAUCUCAGCGACGUCUUAUGUAAGGUCCCAUUUACACGGAAUAAGGUCCAAAUGAAUCCGCACCCGUCCCUCGAUGCCGCUAACUGAUACCACUGGAUGUCUGCAUAGCUACUGGAGCAAUCAUCCCUUAAACUUCACUGAUCAAAUGCUUUCAAACUGUUUUUCGUUCUUCAUGCUAGUUGCAAUUUACAGUUUAAAUUUUUUCAAAUAUUUAAACACCUUACAUUAAGUCAAAUCCAAUAGCAUUUUUUCUCCAUUUUUCGUUGAAUGGAAUCUAAUUUAACAUUAUUUUGCCUACCUUUAGAAAAAUCAUGUUGCUAAUUUCUAAAGCUUUUCUCUUGCCUUUAAUUUUUUCGCUGAUUUGCUUUUCGAACAGAAUACCCAAAACAUGCAUAUUUAAUACGCACGACGUCGUUUUCUUCAAAAUAUCGAAAACUCAGAAACCAUUGAGUAUAAAAAACCUCGCAAAGCUCCGCCUCUUUGAACGAGUCAGUCGAAAUGCUCAGUCGCCCUAAUUGCAAGAUCUUCUUCAUUGCGAGUAUAUUCUGCCUGAUUGGUAUUUUCCCAUGCUUUCAGACCUAUUUUUAACUAUAUAUACCGUGCAGAUACAAAAGGUUAGCUGUUAGUACCAAAAGUUUUGAUUUGAUACUAAAUUUCCUCAGUUUUGAUUUUCUGCUAAACCUUAAACUUUUGCUACUUUCUUUGAGACGGAGUUGCGAUUUUCUUAUUAUAAUUGCAUUUAGCAGUAUGAGUAAAGUAUGUGAAAUGUAUCUCUUUUACCCUUCUUUGAAGUGUACUGUACUGU